AUGUCUCCUAAAUCCUUGCUGCAGCCUCUGGAUCAAGUUCUUCUCUCCGCUGAGGAGAAGCUCAAGAAGCGGAGCUUGGCACUGAAGCAAGUCAGCACCUCUAAAGCCCUCGAAGAGCUAAUGGGCUUUCAGACCCAGGCCAGGUUGGAGAAGGAGAAGAUGGAGGCAAAGAUACAUGAGAUGGAGGAGGACUUAAAAAAAGAAAAGACAAGAUCGUGGGAUCUGAGCUGCCAAUGGCUGGAAGAAAUCAAUAGCUUAAGGACAGAGCUGUCGGUUUUUCAGUCACACAACCAACACUUGAAAGAGGAAAAUGCCAGGGUGACACAGAAGCAAGUCAGCACCUCUGAAGCCUUCGAGGAGCUAAUGGGCCUUCAAACCCAGGCCAAGAUGGAGAAGGAGGAGAUGGAUGCCAAGAUAAAUCAGAUGGAGGAGGACUUUAAUAAAGAGAAGAAAACUUGGUCGGAUCUGAGCUGCCAACGGCUUGAAGAAAUUAGUAGCUUAGGGACGGAGCUGUCGGAUGCUCAGUCACACAUCGACCACCUGAAGGAAGAAAAUGCCAAGCUGACGAUCAAGGAUGACAGCACCUCUGAAGCCUUCGAGGAGCUAAAGGGCCUUCAGACCCAGGCCAAGAUGGAGAAGGAGGAGAUGGUGGCCAAGGUAAAUGAGAUAGAGGAAGACUUUAACAAAGAGAAGACAAGCUUGAGGACGGAGCUGUCGGAUGCUCAGUCACACAUCGACCACCCGAAGGAGGAAAAUGCCAAGCUUACGAGGAAGGAUGACAGCACCUCUGAAGACCUCGAGGAGCUAAUGGGCCUUCAGUCACAAGCCAAGACGGAGAAGGAGGAGAUGGAGGCCAAGAUAAAUCAGAUGGAGGAGGACUUUAAUAAAGAGAAGACAACAUGGUCGGAUCUGAGCUGCCAACGGCUUGAAGAAAUUAGUAGCUUAGGGACGGAGCUGUCGGUUGCUCAGUCACACAUUGACCACCUGAAGGAAGAAAAUGCCAAGCUGACGAUCAAGGAUGACAGCACCUCUGAAGCCUUCGAGGAACUGAUGGACCUUCAGACCCAGGAGAAGGAGGAGAUGGAGGCCAAGAUAAAUGAGAUGGAGGAGGACUUUAAGAAAGAGAAGACAACAUGGUCAGAUCUGAGCUGCCAACGGCUGGAAGAAAUUAGUAGCUUAAGGACGGAGCUGUCGGUUGCUCAGUCACACAUUGACCACCUGAAGGAAGAAAAUGUCAAGCUGACGAUCAAGGAUGACAGCACCUCUGAAGCCUUCGAGGAACUGAUGGACCUUCAGACCCAGGAGAAGGAGGAGAUGGAGGCCAAGAUAAAUGAGAUGGAGGAGGACUUUAAGAAAGAGAAGACAACAUGGUCAGAUCUGAGCUGCCAACGGCUGGAAGAAAUUAGUAGCUUAGGGACGGAGCUGUCGGAUGCUCAGUCACACAUUGACCACCUGAAGGAAGAAAAUGUCAAGCUGACGAUCAAGGAUGACAGCACCUCUGAAGCCUUCGAGGAACUGAUGGACCUUCAGACCCAGGAGAAGGAGGAGAUGGAGGCCAAGAUAAAUGAGAUGGAGGAGGACUUUAAGAAAGAGAAGACAACAUGGUCAGAUCUGAGCUGCCAACGGCUGGAAGAAAUUAGUAGCUUAGGGACGGAGCUGUCGGAUGCUCAGUCACACAUUGACCACCUGAAGGAAGAAAAUGUCAAGCUGACGAUCAAGGAUGACAGCACCUCUGAAGCCUUCAAGGAGCUAAAGGGCCUUCAGACCCAGGCCAAGAUGGAGAAAGAAGAGAUGGAGGCCAAGAUAAAUGAUAUUGAGGAGGACUUUAAAAAGGAGAAGACAAGCUUAAGGAUGGAGCUGUCGGAUGUUCAGUCACACAUCGACCACCUGAAGGAAGAAAAUGCCAAGCUGACGAUCAAGGAUGACAGCACCUCUGAAGACCUCAAGGAGCUAAUGGGCCUUCAGACCCAGGCCAAGAUGGAGAAGGAGGAGAUGGAGGCCAAGAUAAAUCAGAUGGAGGAGGACUUUAAUAAAGAGAAGACAACAUGGUCGGAUCUGAGCUGCCAACGGCUGGAAGAAAUUAGUAGCUUAGGGACGGAGCUGUCGGUUGCUCAGUCACACAUUGACCACCUGAGGGAAGAAAAUGCCAAGCUGACGAUCAAGGAUGACAGCACCUCUGAAGCCUUCGAGGAACUGAUGGACCUUCAGACCCAGGCCAAGAUGGAGAAGGAGGAGAUGGUGGCAAAGUUAAAUAUGGUGGAGGAGGACUUUAAUAAAGAGAAGACAACAUGGUCAGAGCUGAGCUGCCAACGGCUUGGAGAAAUCAGUAGCUUAGGGACGGAGCUGUCGGAUGCUCAGUCACACAUCGACCACCAGAAGGAAGAAAAUGCUAAGCUGAAUAUGAAGGAUGACAGCACUUCUGAAGCCUUCAAGGAUCUAAUGGGCCUUCAAACCCAGGCCAAGAUGGAGAAGGAGGAGAUGGCGGCCAAGAUAAAUGAGAUAGAGGAGGACUUUGAAAAAGAUAAGACAAGCUUAAAGAUGGAGCUGUCGGAUGCUCAUUCAAACAUCGACCAUCUGAAGGAGGAGCUCUUGGAUAGCAGAAGACAAGCAGAGAGAGAAAUCACAUCUCUUCAAGAAAGUUUCAGCAUUCAGAUACAGGAGAGUUCUGCAAGGAUUUCUGCCACUGUGGAUCACUGGAGAGAGGUGAUCCGGGGCACAGAGGAGGAAGCUGCCACAACAAUAAGGGAAUCGAAGGAAGCGUGGCAGGGGAGAUUUAAACAGCUGGAGAAGAAUAUUGAAUCAAAAGGAGGUCUCAUCUCCAGCUUGAUUGAUAAAAUGAGAGCAUCCGCAUACAGUCACAGGCAAACCUUGAACCUGCUGAGCCGAAACCGGUCAGAGCUUUGCGAGAGCCAGAAGAGCGUUGAUGCCCUGAAAGAAACCUACCAGACGGAGCUGACGGAGAAGGAGAACAGCUGUCAAAGAAGAGUGGCAGAGAUGGUGAGCAGGAACGAACUGGAGAGGUUGCUGCUCCAAAAAGAAGCAGAGGGCAUGCGUAGGACCAGCGCACUGGAGGAGGAGAUCCAGCGGCUAAUCAGAGAGAAAAGGCAGCUGCAGGUAUGA